AUGCAAAGCUCGAGAGGCACUAAUCUCUCCGACGCCGUGAGUGGGUUCAUUCUUCUUGGCUUCCCUUGCACCUCAGAGAUCCAGAUCUUCCUCUUCACACUCUUCUCUGUGACUUACGUCCUGACACUGGUUGGAAAUGUGUGCAUUCUGUGUGCUGUCAGGUGGGACCACCAUCUUCACAGCCCCAUGUACAUCUUGCUGGCCAACUUCUCCUUUCUGGAGAUCUGGUAUGUCACCUCCACAGUCCCCAAUAUGCUAGCCAACUUUCUCUCCGAGACCAAAACCAUCUCUUUUUCUGGCUGCUUCCUCCAGUUCUAUUUCUUCUUCUCCAUGGGCACCACUGAGACCUUUGUCCUGUCUGUCAUGGCCUAUGACAGGUACCUGGCCAUCUGCAGGCCCCUGCACUACCCCUCUGUCAUGACAGUCCAACGCUGCAUCAGAAUGGGAGCCUGCUGCUGGGUAUGUGGCUUCUCCUGUUUCCUCUUUCCAGUUUAUCUCAUCUCCCGGCUGCCUUUUUGUGGGCCCAAUACCAUUGACCACUUCCUGUGUGACCCAGGGCCCCUGAUGAAGCUCUCCUGUGUGCCAGCGCCUGCCACUGAGAUCAUCUGUGCCGUCUUUAACUCUGUCCUCAUUUUCUCCACUUUCCUCUUCAUCACCAGCUCCUAUACCCUGGUGAUCAGAGCUGUACUGAGGGUUCCCUCCGCAGAAGGCCGUCGCAAGGCCUUCUCAACCUGUGGCUCCCACCUGGCCGUGGUAGCCCUGUUCUACGGCUCCAUCAUGGUGAUGUAUGUGAGUCCAACAUCAGGCAAUCCAGCUGGGAUACAGAAAAUUGUGACUUUGUUUUAUUCUGUGUUGACUCCACUUUUCAAUCCCUUGAUCUACAGUCUCCGGAAUAAAGAGAUGAAGGAGGCCCUGAGGAAAAUAUUUAGGACUUUGAGAUUUGCUCAGGGACAGCCUCCCAAGAACUAG